AUGCAUCUCAAUGGGCAGCCGGCCACCGAGCAGUUGAAGAUGGUGCGAUAUGGCACAGCCUUGGCCUUCUUUGUCAAAAGUACACUGGUUGGAACUGUCAUCAUGUGCAACCGUCAGCGCAUAUGGUAUACUUUCCGACGAAAGGCCAUGACGAUCAAUGGUAUCGAUGGCCUGUUUUCUGCAACGGAAGAUCCGACGCAGUUUUUCCUCAACUGGGAGAUGAUCAGAAGUGGCAAGCUUGCUACGCUCAUGGCAGCCUGUACCUGGUUACUACCACUUGCAUCCGUCAUGUCCCCAGCCUCACUAACAUCUGAGCUAAGAACGUUCAACAAUACUGCCAGUUGCUCUGUAGCUACUCUAAACUUCACCCAGGAAUCUACGUACGACUUUCGGGACAUGAGUAAAUUCUGGCAAAAGAGCUUGAAUUUCUACAACACCACUGAGCCAGCAGAAGAGGAAAGGAGAGAUGGAGACGUAUAUUCCGCGGUAACGGGUACAGGAAGCUUCUUCGACUACUACGAUCAGCCAUCGAAGAACGCGCGCCGAUUGGCCUUCAGUAGCGUGUACAUGCAGAAGCCACAGCCUCGCGAAAACGCUUCUACCGUAUUUUGCGGAUCGGGCUGGAAUUGUACAUACACAAUAAGCUUCGUGGGGCCCGGCUACCAAUGCGAGGAUGUCGAUAAUACUGAUGAAUCUGACGCGCCAUUUGCAUCGUCCGAACUGGCGCCGAAUGGAAGCCUUGUAUAUCUUGCAGAUGUUGGCCAAGGCGAUUACGGGUAUCAAGAUCCAGUAGACGAUACAGAAUUUUUAGGCGUAUUCGAGAACGAGCCAAACCUCUGGAUCGGAUACGCCAUCAAUACCUCCGAGCCGUACUCGCACGAUGCGGAACCGGAGUACAUGGCCAAAUGGGGAAACGUACAUGACCAUCCUAUCGAACCCCAGAAUAACGUUGAAGAAUACAAAGUAACGGCUUCCUUUCAUACUCUAGGUUCACUCCUCCGACGCUUCCUGCGUGGCAAAAUCGAAAAGCAGAAGAUACUCAUUACAUACUCAGAUCUGUCUGAAACGCGUCUAGUCAACAGCAGCACCUCGUACCCGUUGGUGGAUCUGAAGACAGAGAUACAGGAUCUCUUCGAAGACAUACUCAUCACUCUCCUCAACGACCCAAAUCUAGUCGUGGCCCAAACCCAAGAUGUGCCUUGCACAAAGUCACGAACCAUGAUGGUAUACGUAUAUUACAAACACUCUCUAUGGAUCGGAUACGCAAUCGUUAUCGCAAUCACUUUCGCUUUCAUGCUGGUCGGCGCGUGGUCGCUUCACAUGAACGGGGUAGCAUCUGAUGUGCUUUUCUCACGCAUCAUGGCUACUACCCGCAAUCCUACGCUGGAUCACUUGAGCGUUGGCGCAUGUUUGGGCGGGGAUCCUUUUCCUAAGGAGCUGGCGAAGACGAAGUUACGCUUUGGUGUGCUCCUUGAGGAUGAUCCUAGGGAGGGGCCUUUGGGCAAGGUGGAACAUUGCUGCUUUGGCACUAUGGGCGAGACGAAGGAGAUUGUCAAAGGUGGUACGUAUGCGGGACUGAAGGAGUAUAGGGUCGAUGCAUGA